GUUAUGGAUCGAGCUUCCUUGAUUACCUGUUCCUUAGUUGGCUUCCAUGGUCGCUCUUUCUCGGAAGUCCCUGUUCCUCACCCAUCUUUAUAUAUAUAUAUAUAUAUAUGAUCAAGCAUGAACCUUUAUUCCCAUCUUCCUCCCUUCGACAUACCCAAUUUUUUUCAGAAUUUCUAUCUCUGCAACAACUCUUCAGAUGGCAUCUUCUUCUCAGAACCCGUUGCAAAAUUUCCAUGAUUUCUUGCCCCUCAUGGCAGGCAAGCUCGGCGGUGACGGCCUGAUCGGGGAGCUGUGCAAUGGGUUCAACUUGCUGGUUGACGGCGACAAGGGGGUCAUCACUUUUGAAAGUCUAAAGAGGAACUCUGCUCUUCUGGGGCUACAGGAUUUGACCGAUGAUGACCUCCGUUGCAUGUUGAAAGAAGGGGAUUUCGACGGGGACGGCGCGCUUAGUCAGAUGGAGUUUUGCGUUUUGAUGUUCCGGUUGAGUCCUGAGUUGAUGGAGGCCUCCCGGUUUGUGUUCCAAGAAGUUAUUGAACAGGAACUCAAGCAUGGUUACUAAUGAAUUUGACCAUACAUUUUUCACCAUUUGCUUUACACUUUUUCUGGGAAUGUAAUGAAAUUGGUGGAAUAGACAGAAAGGAUUAAUUUUGACUGAAUCAUAGUCUUCAACAAAUGAGAUUACUGUUUUGUUCUGGGUUUUCUUUAUCAACCUUGAUUUAAACAUCCAUAGAGAAGCAAUCUUCAUUGGAACUCAGAAGUAGGUGAGCAUCCCUUUAAUCUGGUUAGUUUGGUGACGAACAUCAGAAUUAUAUUGCAAUCUGACUCCUGAGUUGUGAUCAAGAGUUAUUUCAUUUUCACAUAAUCACCUUAAUGGCCAAGUUUUGUAUAUUAAUCUCAAAUUUCCUUUAUACUAGUUUGUCAUGUGUGAGUAAUUUCAAUUCCAUCUGGCGGCCAAUAAAUGACAGAACCAAGC